UUGUAGUACAUUAUCGAUAGAGCAGUCGAAAGCGCAAUCGAUAGAUUAGCAGCUCUAGCGUUAAGAAGAAGCACCAGUCGACGACGCUCGGCAACGCACCAGCUUAAUAUUCAUAUUUUGGGAAACAAAAGAACAAGUGGCAGCUGGAAGCUUUUAAGCCAAUAAACGAAAAAUGUCUUCAUCAGCCAUAUUUGUGCUGGACGUGAAGGGCAAGGUGUUGAUAUCCCGUAAUUAUCGCGGCGACAACAUUGACAUGGCCGUGAUCGAUAAAUUCAUGCCGCUGCUCAUGGAACGCGAAGAGGAGGGUCUGGUCACGCCCAUUCUGCAGACGUCUGAGACGACAUUCGCCUACAUAAAGACGAACAAUCUGUACAUUGUGUCCACAACACCACGCAACAAGAAUGUGAACAUUGCGUUGGUCUUUGUAUUUCUGCACAAAAUCGCACAGGUGUUUGUCGAGUACUUCAAAGAGCUGGAGGAGGAAUCCAUACGGGACAAUUUCGUUAUAAUAUACGAAUUGCUUGAUGAAUUGAUUGACUUUGGUUAUCCACAAACGACGGACUCGAAAAUACUGCAGGAAUACAUAACGCAGGAGGGUCACAAACUUGAGCUGCAACCUCGCAUACCAGUCGCCGUAACAAAUGCCGUCUCCUGGCGUUCCGAGGGCAUCAAGUAUCGCAAAAAUGAGGUGUUCCUAGAUGUCAUUGAAUCGGUCAAUCUGUUAGCAAAUGCCAAUGGAAAUGUCCUGCGCAGCGAAAUUGUUGGCGCCAUCAAAAUGCGGGUUUAUUUGUCCGGGAUGCCGGAACUGCGGUUGGGAUUAAAUGAUAAGGUACUCUUUGAGAGCACUGGACGUGGCAAAUCCAAGUCCGUUGAGCUGGAGGAUGUCAAGUUUCAUCAGUGUGUACGUCUGUCACGUUUCGAAAACGAUCGCACAAUUUCGUUUAUACCACCGGAUGGAGAAUUUGAAUUAAUGUCGUACCGCCUCAACACGCAUGUGAAGCCUUUAAUCUGGAUUGAAUCAGUCAUCGAGCGACAUGCACACUCGCGUGUGGAAUACAUGAUUAAGGCAAAAUCUCAAUUUAAGCGCAGAUCAACGGCCAAUAAUGUGGAAAUUGUAAUACCAGUGCCGGCGGAUGCAGACUCGCCGAAGUUUAAGACAACCAUUGGCAGUUGCAAGUAUGCACCGGAACAGAAUGCCAUCAUCUGGACGAUCAAAUCGUUUCCUGGUGGCAAAGAGUAUCUAAUGCGCGCACACUUUGGCCUGCCCAGCGUUGAGAACGAGGACAAUGCUGAGGGUAAGCCGCCAAUACAGGUGCGCUUUGAGAUACCCUAUUUUACAACAUCGGGCAUACAAGUGCGAUAUCUGAAGAUCAUUGAGAAGAGUGGCUAUCAGGCACUGCCCUGGGUGCGCUAUAUCACACAGAAUGGCGACUAUCAACUGCGUACCAAUUGAGCCGCUCCCACAUACACACACAUUCCAGCCAAGCUUAUGCAAAGAUCCCUUUUGUUUCGUCUAUAAUGUUAGAUAGCUUCACCUUCACAGUGCGUGCCCGAAUUAUGUGCGUUAAGUCUAAAUGAAAAGUAUAUUAAAAAGUAUUCCUGCAAACGCGUAGAUUUUCAGCUGCUUAGUAAAUUGAAUUUUAUGAAUAUAUACAUUUAAAUGAUUACUUUGCAUAUGGCUAAUUAAUACGGCACAAAGUAUCCAGCCAUAUUUCAGCCACAAUAAAUUAUAUGCUGAGUCUUUUGAUAAGUGAUGUAAAAAUUUAAAUAUACAAGUUAAAUAAUGGUUUUAAUGAAUUGAUUUUUGUAUUACAUCACUAACUAGAAUUGUUAAUAAGUGAAAUUCAGUUUACUCGUUUGUAGGAAUACCCCUUAUUAUAAAUAUGUAUUGUUUUUCUGCGUAUUGUAUUUGUAUGUAAAUCAAACUAAUAAAUUUUAACUCAUUUUCCAAACCAUAUGUAUUUUAAGUCAGUUUCACAUAAGUAAAAUGCUUGAGUAAAUAUUAUACAUUUUCACAUAUUUCAAACUAUUCAGCGGGGCUGCUAAAACACCAAAAAUGUAUAUUAAAAUGGUCACUAAAU